UGGCCUGGCGCGUCGCCCCCUGCGAGGCCCGGGGACCGGCGGGGCGGCAGCAGCGGGAUGGGCCUGAGCCCCGCCGCCGAGCGCGAGUGCGGGCACCUCCUCCCUAGGUUCCCCCGGCCCCGCCUCAGGCCCCCCUCGAGAACCGCAAGUGUGCGGACGAAUGACACCCAGCCGGCUCCUGGGCUUUCGCCUGGGCCCCAGUCGGGUCGCCGCGGGAGGGGGGCUCCUCCUCACCAAGCCCCCACGCCCGGGCCUGGAACCUUCCGGGGUCGUUCUCCAGGCCCCAGCAGGCCGUCGGACCCCCAGAAAGAAGAACAUGUGGGAUCUCAAGAGUUGGUCCAGCUCUUGCCCAAGCAGCCACAGCAGGGUACGUUAGGACAGGGCAGAAGCAGCGUCCAGCAGGGGGAGAAGCCCUUGGAGUCCACACCCAACCAGAAGAGAGCAGAGUGGAAUUCAGCCCCGGAGCCUGGGAGUGCGGGAAGGUUAAUAAAGCAGGCAGCAGAGGGUAAACCAAGACCCAGACCUGGAGACCUGAUUGAGAUUUUCCGGACUGGCUACGAGCACUGGGCCGUCUAUGUGGAAGAUGGCUGUGUGGUCCACCUGGCUCCCACAAGUGAGGAAUUUGAGGCCAGCGGCAUCGCGUCCGUCUUCAGCAACCGGGCGGUGGUGACAUACAGCCGUCUGGAGGACGUGCUACGUGGCUGCUCCUGGAAGGUCAACAACAAGCUGGAUGGGACAUACCUGCCCCUGCCCGUGGACAAGAUCGUCCAGCGGACGAAAAAGAUGGUCAACAAGAUAGUGCAGUACAGCCUGAUCGAAGGGAACUGCGAACACUUUGUCAACGACCUGAGAUACGGCGUGCCCAGGAGCCAGCAGGUAGAGCACAUGCUGAUGGAGGGAGCGAAGGCUGCCGGGGCGGUGCUUUCAGCCGUGGUGGACAGCCUAAGGCCCAAACCAGCAAUGGCCCGAAGGCUCUGAAGAAGAGGAAGAGCUACUGACAGCGGCAGAGAGAACGCGCCUCCUUCCCUCCCCUGCCUUGCUCUCUCCACCGCCCCGUGUAAGAAAAUUGUGAGUUUCUGGAAGAAUCUAGAAUGUAAUCAAUUACCCCUCCAGAAAUACAUCCAAUAUAUGUGCUCAUCGACCCCUGGACUUUCAAGGUGGGA